AUGAUUUCAAAGAGUGCACUUGCUUUCCUUAGAAAGCAAUCAAACGCUCAAAACAAGGUUGCUAGCAUGACAGUAGCUCACCAGAGAAACUUUGCUGGUGGUGGUCCAAAGAAGCCAGCAAUGCCAGCUUCAGAGACUGACUUUGACGUUGUUUUUGUCGGUGGUAUGAACGCUACUGCUCUCCUCAAGUUCAUGCAACAUGACGGCGUUAACUAUAAGAUGGCACUCAUCACUGAGCAAUCAAGAUUCAUUCUUCCUUAAUCAUAUUUCGCAGUAUCACAUGGCCAUAUUGCUGAAUUGAAAUUAGAGAGUGGUACAGUAUCUGCCCAAGUUGAGUAAUGGUCCAGAUAUGAUACUUUCGCUAAGGUCAGCUAAUUCCUCCCUAACCAGAACAAAGUUAAGCUUUCAAAUGGCAGAGAGUACACCUAUAAGGCUUUAGUUGUAAACACAGGAUUCAAGCAUACCUCAGAACAUAUUGAGGGUCUUCCAGAAUUCGAGAAGGAUAGAGGCGAAAACAAUGUAUUUGUUCAUGCUAUUGAUCACAAGGAGAGACUUUAAAGAAACUAUUAUCAUGGCUGGAAUCACAAUAACGGUGAUAUGAUCUGUUAUUCACCAAAGUUCCCAUACAAGGGUGAAGGUACUGAUUUCUAUGCUCUCUAUUACGAGCACUUCCUAAGACAAGAUAUUCUUUAAGGAAGAUCAGCCAGAAAUGCUAAAAUUCAAUUCUGGACACCAAACAAGGAAAUUUUCAAGUUCCCAUAUGCAAAUGAAGUCGCUCUUGAGGAAUGCAGAAAGAGAGGUAUUGACGUAUACUUCGGAUGGGAAAUGCUAUCAGUCAAGACUAAUGAGCAUGGAUAAAAGAUCGCAACUUUCAGAUGCACUGACACUGGAAAGACUAUUGAAAAAGAUUUCUUCUCAGCUGUCAUUAAUCCACCAAGCAAGCCCCACCAAGAGCUCUUAGAUUCAGGCAUUGCUAAUGGUGAGGGUGUUGUAGAUGUUAAUCCAUAUACUCUUCAACACAAGAGAUUCGAAAACAUCUUCGCCUUCGGAGACUGUAUUGGAGUCAACACCACAAGAACAGAAUCUGCUGCUAUUCAUCAAACCCCAAUCGUUAAACACAACUUGACCCAAUUCAUGGAAGGUAAAGAAUUGAAUGCAAUCUAUGAUGGUUACACUUUCAUGCCAUUCCUUCUUGGUCACUCAUAUGCCACCAACUUCCAGCAUUAUCAUGACUACGAGCCUCAUGCUCUUAACCACUGGGUUCCCCACUACGGUAUCUUCGCAAGAUGGUACUUCGGAAGAAUGAUGAAAAGUCAAAUGCAAAUGGGUGAGAAAUUCUCAAGCUUCAAAAAGAACCACGGUCCUCCAUACUAUAACUUCAACCCUAGAUAUCUCCCAGUAGAGCAUAACGAUUAUCUUCAAAGAAGAGGUAUCCCAGUCAGUGAGGUCAAAAUGUUCGAACCAAAGGUUAGAGUAGCUCACGACGACCAUCACCACCACUGA